UUGCGUAUAUUUUAUGCAACACAUACAUAUAUUUGUUGGCAGACGAUUGCAGUGGCAAGCAAAGGCGUUUUUCUUUGUUAAUUGUGGGAAUAUCGAGAACAAAUAUCAUGAGCAAGGCCAGUAAUAUUAUGCGCCUUGUUUUGUUACAGCUAAAGGGCUCCUCGGACAAAACCGCAAAUGUACUAAAUGCCGUGAGCAAAAUUGAAGCUGCCGUUAAGGAGCAUCAGCCUCGGCUUAUAACGUUGCCAGAGUGCUUUAAUUCUCCUUAUGGCACAAAAUAUUUUCGGGAGCAUGCCGAGCAAAUUCCAAAUGGCUACACCAGCCAGCAGCUAUCGAAGGCAGCAUUAGCUAAUCAGAUCUACAUUGUGGGCGGCACAAUACCAGAAUUGGGCGAAAACGAUGCCAUUUAUAAUACGUGCACCGUAUGGGGACCCACUGGCGAGCUAAUAGCCAAACACCGCAAAAUGCAUCUCUUUGAUAUUGACGUAAAGGGAGGCAUCCGAUUUAAAGAAUCCGAUACGCUGUCCGCUGGCAACGAUUUUACUGUGAUCAAUGUUGAUGGUCACAAGAUUGGUAUUGGAAUCUGCUAUGACAUUCGCUUCGAGGAGAUGGCGCGUCUAUAUCGCAACGAUGGAUGCGAGAUGAUCAUAUACCCGGCAGCCUUUAAUAUGACAACAGGUCCUUUGCACUGGGAGCUUUUGCAAAGGGCGAGGGCGAACGAUAAUCAGCUCUUUGUGGUGACUACUUCACCAGCCAGGGAUACGAGUGCAGAUUACGUUGCCUAUGGUCAUUCUAUGAUUGUGGACCCAUGGGCCAAAGUCCAAAGUAGCGCUGGCGAAGGCGAGCAGAUUUUGGCCGUUAAUAUUGACUUUUCUCUAGUGGAGCAAGUGCGUCAACAAAUUCCAGUGUUUAGCCAGCGUCGGCUUGAUCUUUACAGUACAGAUAAGAAGUCCAAAUGAUUGAUAUUGCAUUUAUGUUGUCUUAAAAUAAUAAAAAUUGCAUGUGACCAUUUCCAUGGUCGGAAACGUGA